CCACCCACGUUCGCGCUUUCCAACACUGCCUUUACCGCAUAUGUAACCGCACAGAAAUUGUUUUCCUUUCAGAAAAUCAGCUCAAAGUCUAUUAAAAUCAUGGCAGCCAGCACUAAACUGAUGCUGAGCACCGGCCUCUACCAAAAGCUAAGCCAGUUCACGAGGAAACUGCACUCGCAGCCCGCACUCCUCUCCAGUUUUCGCUCAUCCCGCGAGGUUCAGGAGCUGGAUCAGUAUCCGGACGUGGAGGUGGUGGCCAAUCCGCCAGAAUGGCGUUUCGUAGAGCGCCUCCUGCCGCCGGCAACAGUGCCGCAGCCUGAGAUGAAGCAGGAAUAUCCCUCUGGCUGGCGGCCACAGAAGGAGGAUGGCUCAAAAAGCGGUUAUUAUGUGGCCAGGACCAAGAAUCACAUGGUGCCGGUGUAUUUGCACACACGGUUUCGUGGCCAGCGCCGGAUAACGGUGGUGCGUCGCGUCCAGGGGGAUAUUUGGUCACUGGAAAAGGAUCUGCGAGCAGUGGUGGAGCAGUCGCGGAACGGUAAGCUCUGCGCCACGCGAGUCAACGAGCUGAGCGGUCAGAUUCACAUCCAUGGCGAUCAUGUGGACAUACUGAGGGACUAUCUCAAGGAGAAGGGCUUCUAGAGGGCCAGGCUGCCAAUGUGUGUCGAUGUCAAUAAUAAUAAACUUUCAACUGUUGAUUUUA